UGCGGUCGAGUUCGGGCGGUCUGUUCUUGACACGCGAACUUUGUUCUCGCGCUCGAACCACACGAACACGUCCCAAGAACAUUGUACUCGGAACAAAAUCGCACACCACCUAUCCGCCGGGGGUUUGCACGAACACACGUAAAAAAGCGCGGGAUUUCAAAACAGCGGCAGAAACUUCUCUAGCAAAAUGGCCGACGGACAUGACGGAUUCAGCGUUGCUGAGAAGGGGUACACAACAAAGCAAGUUCCUGUCAUAAUCCGCUAUGUUCCUGCUGGUAUUGCAGAGCGUUUGAAAUCUGAUGAAAGUUUUGCACAAACAUUUUGUGCAACGGUACAGCGGCCUGGCAGGACUAGCCAACCGAAAACACGAGAGACACCUCCCCUAACCAACAGAACUGGACAGCCACGGUUACAUGAAGCAGGGAGGCCCCAUCCAACCCAGUCCAGCAUUACACCAGGACAAGAGACAGAGGCAGGGCCCUCUUCAGUUGGACAUGAUGAAAGUUUUGCACAAACAUUUUGUGCAACGGUACAGCGGCCUGGCAGGACUAGCCAACCGAAAACACGAGAGACACCUCCCCUAACCAACAGAACUGGACAGCCACGGUUACAUGAAGCAGGGAGGCCCCAUCCAACCCAGUCCAGCCUUACACCAGGACAAGAGACAGAGGCAGGGCCCUCUUCAGUUGGACAUGAUGAAAGUUUUGCACAAACAUUUUGUGCAACGGUACAGCGGCCUGGCAGGACUAGCCAACCGAAAACACGAGAGACACCUCCCCUAACCAACAGAACUGGACAGCCACGGUUACAUGAAGCAGGGAGGCCCCAUCCAACCCAGUCCAGCCUUACACCAGGACAAGAGACAGAGGCAGGGCCCUCUUCAGUUGGACAUGAUGAAAGAAAAACCUGGAGUGACAGAGAUAGUACCCUGCUUGUGAGCUUGAGAGUCAAGAUGGAAGAUUCAUUCCACGGAACCAAAGCUCAUAAAGUGUUAUGGAAUAAAAUUGCCAAAGAAAUGCAAAGUAAGGGUUGUUUGGUCACAACAGACCACUGCCAAAACAAAUGGAAAUCAAUUAAACGAGAGUAUAAACAAACAGUGGAUCAUAAUUCCCAAACAGGGGCCAAUAGGAAGAUCUGUAAAUUUUACACUGAAUUAGAUGAAUUAUAUGGCAACAACGAGAGUACCAGACCAUCCAUGACACUUAGCAGUUGUAGUGUGCCAUCUACUACAGGUAACCUCCUUGAUGAAACGGAGGAACCUGCUGAAAAAGUGGCAAAGCUGCCCAUAGGGCGAAAAAGUCGUAAGCCAACAAAAUUGCCCAAUGUAGUAGACUGGCUUAAUGAGUUUCAUAAGGAACAAAGAGAGAGAGACAAACGGCGAGAAGAAAUGGUGAGAGAACACAAUCGACAGAAACUUGACAGAUUUGACAGACUUCUCGAUAUUCUUGCUAAAUCGAAAAAAGAGGAUUGAACAUUCUCGAUUGAUCAGUUGAUCAGGCUAAAAGUUCUGUGUUGUUGGUGUUCCUUUUUUGCUAAAUCGUCGCAGAGCUGACAAACCGGCGAAUCGACCAUUUUUGCGAUUUCGAUAUUUUGUUAUUUUUAGGCUUUAUG